AUGAUAUUAGCUUCUCCGUUUAAGGAUAAUAAUUCUUUAGUUGGUUCGCCAAAUGGUUUUAAGUAUGAUAAUACUUUACUUGGUUCGUUUAAUGGUUUGAUUUGUAUUCGUGAUGAACCGGAUGUUAGUCUUUGUAUCUGUAAUCCAAUGACCAAAGAGUAUGUUAUUCUUCCUGAACCUGGGAAAAAUCCGGGUCGUAAUUGGUCGAGCGGGUUUGGUUACCUUGCUUCAACCAAUGAGUACAAAGUUGUCACGCUGUAUAGAGAAGACAAGGAUCCUUGGACCCUAAACGUGAUGGUAUAUACUCUUGGCAGUGGCAAUGGAUGGAGAAAUGUUGCAAAAUUAGAUAUUAAAACUAACCUGGUGGUUAGCACUCGACAAGGUGUCUUCCUGAAUGGAGCUCUUUAUUGGGUUAAAGUUAGAUUAGGGGUGAUUGUGGUCUUCGAUUUGGUUAAUGAAAAAUUUCUUAAACAACUUCCACCACCUGCUUUCCCACAGCCACCCGAUUACUGCAAUUGGACUGCUCAUGCAGUAGGGGUUUUAGGUGGGUUGUUGGUCUAUAGUGCUACCUGCUCCAAACCGAGAUAUCACAGUCAAAACGCCGGGAACAGAUUCUAUGACAUAUGGCUCUCUAGAAAGGGGAUCAAUAAUUAUGACAUAAAAGACCAGGAGAAAAAAUACCAGCCAUUGGGUUGGACUAAAGAGUUUAGACUUAACGAUGACAAUGUAUUAGAAUUUACGAAGAGUGGGGGUGUUUUAAGUUACAGUUCUCACUAUCUCAAUAUCUACAACCCAAAUACUUCAACUUCGAAAAUGCUGGUGGAUUUCAGUACUGAACAGUUUUGUCAAGUAUUCCCUCACAAGAACACGUUACUUUCAUUGAAAGAAAUGGGAGAAAAAGAUACUAAAAUAAUGGAGUCAGGGUAUAUAUCUUGGAGGCAGCUGAAAGCCGCGAUUGGCCGAUGA